UGAGAAGUGUGUGGUUGGUCGACGACACGUACGUACACACGUGGCGUAGCCAGUUUGCCUUGGAUUGCGUGAAGGGGAUCGUUUCUCCAACCAACGAACCAGGAAAAAGUACUCCUACUACGAAACUACUCCGUACACUACAAACCGAGAGAACAUAGCAAAUCUCACUCUUCUCUAGAGAGAGAAAUCGAGUACUAUGUUACACAGAGGGUUGGUUGUUUGUUAAAUCAGAAGUCGUCUGGAUUUGAAUUGAAAAAAGUUCCAAUUCACAGGGAGUAAUUCGCGACGAGGAGUAUUCUAGGGUUUUCAUUUCUAAUCUUCGCCACACACGUCCAUCUUCUACCCGAUCAGAACCAGUCCAGAACCGACCCAGCUGACGGUGAGAGCUACAGGGAGGCCUGAAAUGAGUAAAAUGAACUCAUCAAGCUCUGAGUUGGACUUGGAUAGGCCCAAUAUCGAAGAUUAUCUCCCUUAUGGAUGCAUCCAAGAGCCUAACGGCGAGCUUCGCCUGCGUGAUUUACUCGACAUUUCACCAACUUUGACUGAAGCAGCUGGAGCCAUCGUCGAUGACUCUUUUACACGUUGUUUCAAGUCAAUUCCUCCGGAGCCGUGGAACUGGAAUGUGUAUUUGUUUCCUCUUUGGUGUUUAGGAGUGGGAGUUAGAUAUCUGAUUCUUUUUCCGCUAAGGGUUCUGGUUUUGACAAUCGGAUGGAUAAUAUUUCUUUCUGCGUACUUCCCUGUGCAUGUACUUUUGAAAGGGCAUGAUAAGUUGAGGAAAAAGCUUGAGAGGGGUCUGGUGGAGUUAAUUUGCAGCUUUUUUGUUGCAUCUUGGACCGGGGUUGUCAAGUAUCAUGGACCGCGGCCUAGCAUGCGGCCUAAGCAGGUGUUUGUGUCCAAUCAUACUUCAAUGAUUGACUUCAUUAUUUUGGAGCAGAUGACUGCAUUUGCUGUUAUUAUGCAGAAGCAUCCUGGAUGGGUUGGAUUGUUGCAAAGCACUAUUUUGGAGAGUGUAGGAUGUAUCUGGUUCCAUCGCUCAGAAGCAAAGGAUCGUGAAAUAGUAGCAAAAAAGUUGAGGGAUCACGUUCAAGGGGCUGACAAUAAUCCCCUUCUUAUAUUCCCUGAAGGAACUUGUGUGAAUAACCAUUAUACCGUUAUGUUUAAAAAGGGUGCAUUUGAGCUUGGCUGCACUGUUUGCCCGAUAGCAAUCAAGUAUAACAAAAUCUUUGUGGAUGCCUUUUGGAACAGUAGAAAGCAGUCCUUCACAAUGCAUCUAUUGCAGCUUAUGACAUCGUGGGCUGUUGUUUGUGAUGUGUGGUACUUGGAGCCUCAAAAUCUGAAGCCCGGAGAGACACCCAUUGAAUUUGCGGAGAGGGUCAGGGACAUUAUUUCAGUCCGAGCAGGUCUCAAGAAGGUUCCUUGGGAUGGAUAUUUGAAAUACUCUCGCCCUAGCCCCAAGCACAGAGAGAUGAAGCAACAAAGUUUUGCAGAAUCAGUGCUGCGACGCUUGGAGGAAAAAUGAAAUAUUACUUCUUUCUUCUCGCCUUUUGUAUGUUCUUUGUUUCUUUGAAAGUAAUUACAAGUAUCCCCGGUUAGCUAUCUCAAAAUAGGAGGUUGCCGCCUUCCACUCAAUUACUCUCAUCUUGAAUAAAAAUUUGUCCCUAGAUUCUGCAGGAUUAUUUGGUGCGACUCCGGAACAGUUAUAAGCUAGUUGCUUCCCUCGACUUCACUAAAAUUCUGCUUGUAGUUUAUUCUGAAAUUUUAGUAGUUAUUUCAUAUUUGGGCUCGAUAUGGUUUUGCUGAUGUUAGAUACAGUUAGGUUAGAUAAUUUGUUCGUGUUUUACGCACUUGUAUGUGCUUUACGAUCUUAUAUUUGAACUAAAGGAUUGUUACUA